AUGGUAGAUGAGAAGAAGAAGAAGGUGCUAAGUGGCUGCAUCAAGACUAGCAAGGGGGCUUGGAGAGUUCAUAGAGUGACAAAAGAUGGUUGCGUUGUCACCAAAUUUCGCUAUCCUACUGAUAUGGAGCGGAAAAAGAACCAGCAGAGGGAGCGUCAAAGGCGAGCAGUGGCUAAGAAAAUCUUUGAAGGGCUUCGAAAUCAUGGAAACUACAAGCUUCCAAAACAUGCUGACAGCAAUGACCUUCUCAAGGCUCUCUGUGAGGAAGCAGGCUGGCAUGUUGAGGAUGAUGGCACCAUCUGUAGGAAGGUUCUUCAUGAAGCUAAAGUUGCAAGCUACCAUGAUGCCCCACCAGAAGAUCAUGGUUACUGUACUUGCAGAAAUUUUUUGGGUUUAGAAUAUGGAGCAUUGACACUGUGCACCAAUUUACCAAUUCAAGAGUGCCAUGGAGGAAAUGAUGUCAACCUCACCCUUUCACUCUAG